AUGGUGGUGCAGAAAUAUCUGUUCCCGAUGCGGCCUAGGCGCCGCCUCAAGAAAAAGUUCUGGCUCAAAACCGAUCCACCAACGACGAGACUUGCAGAGAAAGGAAUCAAAGCGGCCUGGGCGAAGUCUCUGUCCUGUCCUAACGAUGCCCCUAUUCGCCCAGAUACAGGGAACAAUGCCAUGCCGUAA